GGCGUUUGCGGCUCUUUUUCUCCGGGACGGCGCCAUCAGCAGGUGGCACUUGUUCCUACAACAGGACUGUCUGGUAGCAUGACAGGAGGCAACAACCUGAGCUGACCCCCGAGAGCACAGGCAGAGCCAGAGUAAAUGCAUACACUGCGGCACUUCUCUGCAGCCAAACUGGCUAAAGCUGUCAGCAGAUGGCCCUCAAGGCUAAAGGGCACAGGAGGAAGACCUUCAGCUCCACUGGGUUCACGGAUUCUCACCAGUCCUGAUGACAUCUUUAAGCACAACAUGUGGGAUCAUGUGCACUGGACAGAGGAGGAUAAAGAAAAUGCACGGCAGAAGGCAGAAGAAAAUUCCUGUAUACAAAUUCCCAAAGAGGAACGAGGUAAAUUUGACACAGAGGCUCACCAAUACUGGGACAAGUUUUACGAGAUGCAUCAGGAUAAAUUCUUUAAAGACCGCAAGUGGCUGUUUUUAGAGUUUCCAGAGCUGCUUCCUUCUGGUGCAAAAAGUCAAGCCACAAACAGGUGUCUGGGUGUUGAGCAGGCGUCAUACCUACAGCCUACUGGAUCCAAUACAGAAACAGACAACAGACACCAGCAACACAAUGGCACCACACACCAUCACAGAAAUACAGACAUCUCCAACCACCAGGAGUCCUGUGCUGCCACACAGACGACUACUUUCCCUGGCCGGCAUGCAUCUUUCAGGAUCUUGGAGGUUGGAUGUGGGGUCGGUAACAGUGUAUUUCCCAUUGUUGAUUCCUUAAAAGGAACAGAUGCAUUUUUAUACUGCUGUGACUUCUCCACAUGUGCCAUUCAGCUGGUCAAGGACCACCCAGGAUACGAUGACUCUGUGUGUCACGCCUUUGUCCAUGACAUCUGUGAGGAGAUGGCCUCCUUUCCCUUCCCUCCACAGAGCCUGGAUGUUAUCCUGGCGGUCUUUGUGCUCUCCUCCAUUCAUCCGGAGCGAAUGCAAGGAGUUGUGAACCGACUAUCUACAUACCUGAAACAUGGAGGGAUAUUUCUCUUCCGUGAUUAUGGGAGAUAUGACUUCUCACAGCUCAGGUUUAAGAGGGGACGGUGCUUAUCAGAGAAUUUCUACACACGUGGAGAUGGAACCUGCGUGUACUUUUUUACUAAAGGUAUUUCUGUACCGCGAGAUCUGAAUGUUCUUCUACAUGCAGUGAAUAAGACCAGAGCUAUCACUGAGGACACUGGGGUUAUGUCCUUGGUAUUUUUUCUGAGCAUUUGGAGGUUUUAGGAACCUUGGGGGAGUUUACGUACCACAUGGCCAGGUUUUUGGGGGGUCCUGGAAUAGGUUGACACAGUUUAAGCUUGAUUAUUUUCAGGCCAGUAAAUAAAUAAUUGUUUUUCCAACUAGAAUUUAACUCCUGGCAGUGAGCAAAAGGCUUUAAAGGAGCUCUAAGUGAUAUUCUGAGCAUUAAUAAAGCAGCAAACAACUAUUUGCUCUGUAAAGAUAUAGUGGAUGGUAUCCUGAACAAAGAACUCCCGCUGUGUGAUCCGAGCUUCUCUGUUCUUUGUUGUGGUUGCCGGGUUGGCCCACGCCCCCCCAGCAAAUUUUUCCAGUGGCCACUCUUGGUAUUGCAGCGGAAAAAAAUGCCCUGUGGCCCAAAUAGCAUUUUCCCCAUAGACCACCAUUAGGAAAGAAACAUCUGAAUAACUGUUGACAGGAUACCUUGAACUGCAGACAAGGUUAAUUAUGAUGGGGUGCCCACUGGCUCAUCUGUUGGAGUGUGCGCCCCAUGUCCAGAGGCUGUGUCCUUGCUGCAGUGGCUGCAGGUUCGAUUCCAGAAACUUGUUAGAAAUUUGUUUGGCUCAUGCACCAGACGAGCAAUUCCAUUGGUCUGAGUAGUUCCAUCUAGGAGUCCAAUAUGUAGUUAGUAUACAUCUAUGGUCCAGGCGCAUGUGCAUGUCAGUGCAUGUGAGUCCUGUGUGUCCAGCUUAUUGCCCCCACUCUGCACUGUGCCCAUACUGCGGUUAUCGCUGAUGUUGGGACAGCAGAGAUAGGUGCAGGGACUGGUUAACACAUUUAGUUCUGUCAGCACCGUUGCUGUUGUUAGCACUGUUUGUGCUGUUAGCACUGUUAGCUACUAGCCACCGUCUCAGUCACUUCAGUGAUGAGGGCCGUGUGCAGACAACCUCUGAAUCAUAUAUACACUCUGAAUAUUGUAUAGAGCUCCUUUAAAACAAUAUGUAGAUGUCCAUGUUGGGAAAUAAAAUUGACUAACAAAUAUAUCUUAACAGUUAACUAAAUAAAUCAAAUUAUGUUUUUUAAAAUCCAAUUCAUCAAAACAAUUUAAGACCUCAUUUUAGUCUGUUCUUGGGGGACUCGAUCUCUAGUGUACAGCCCUGGUUACUGAGUGUUAUUAUGUAUAUUUUUACAGAUGAGGUUCAUGAUUUAUUUUCCAACGCUGGACUGCAAGAAAUUCAGAAUCUCGAGGACAGACGACUUCAAGUGAACAGAGGAAAGAAAGUUGCAAUGCAUCGGGUCUGGGUGCAGAGCAAGUUCAGAAAACCAUAUCCACCU